UGGUACGAAGGUGAUAAGCCCCCCGCGAUCGUGCAGCAAUGCUUAGUUCCUCGUGUCACUUCACCGAGUCAUCACACCUGUUGCAGGACAAUACGACAAUACCUUCUUUCUUUUUCUUUUUCAUAUUCUCUAUUGGUUAUAUCUACUAGCUUUGAUACCACAACAAAUCCCAACCCUUACCCAUCUGCCGAAGAAAAAGAAAAAGCACACACCCCUACCUGCCUCAUGGCAGCCAGUAAAGCGAUUCCUCGGGAGCGACUUACAGCUCUCCAACAGCUUUAUGACUACCUCUGCGAGUGGCUUAACUUCGACGUUGACACGAAGCAUUUCGUGCGGGAAAUCUUGGACAGUGACUUUGUGAAGCCGUUCUUCACCGAGUACCAAAACGAUUAUCUUGAAGCCACGACAGAUCUCGAGGAGAUUGAUUGCGACGAGCUGAUGGGGUGGUGUAGGUCCACCAACGCGUUCGAGGUGCCUAAAUACGCAAACUCUACCAUUCCGAACAAGACCAACUGGUCCGUCCUCGAUCACGGGGCUCGUUUUCUUGUUCGCGUGCUUCGCUUUAGUUGGGAAAACGGCGGCGAGUGGACGCAUGGAAGAUUCAGUCCCGACCACGAUGAAGAGAGCGAUUUGGAGUUUUACCAGGUUUGGGCUAUUUUACAAUAUCUACAGGCCGAGUGGGAGGCAGCCAAUUUAGAGGACUGGGAUGUGAAUAGUGUGGUUGGGACAUUUGCGGAUAUCAGACUGUGAGGUGGCGAUAGGUAUAGAUUAUUGUACACUCCCAACAUGUCGGGGUUCAUACUUGGGAAUAGCAUCACUCAAAGCAUUAGCCUAUUGAGAAUUACCUGAUACCAACAAUUUACAAUGAAAAGCGCCA